AUGACCCCUCUCCACUCUUACUACCCUGUUGGCGUAGAAAUCCCCAGCUACGUCCAUAACGAAUGGAGCACCCUAACGCUGGUUCGCUCCGCCAAAACUAUCGCGACAAAUAAAAACCCUCACAUUACGAUCGCUGAACUCUCUAUUGUUCUUUGGUUUACCCUAUGCGGCUCUAUCCACCUCAUCCUCGAAGGCUACUAUGCCCUAAACUUCGCCACCCUUCCGGGCUCCCAGCAACUCCUCGCGCAACUAUGGAAAGAAUACUCCAUGUCUGAUUCGCGGUAUCUCACUUCGCACGCCUUCGUCAUGUCCAUGGAGUCCGUUACCGCCUGGUUCUGGGGCCCGUUAUCAUUCGUCCUUGCGUCUUUCAUCGUCACGGAGAAUCCCUUCCGACACCCGCUGCAGAUUAUCAUCUCCACUGGACAGCUGUACGGGGAUGUACUGUACUACGGGACCUGUGCGUUUGACUUUCUGGUGUAUGGGGUUGAGUACUCCAGGCCCGAGGGAUAUUACUUUUAUGGGUAUUUUGUGCUAUUGAAUGGGUUUUGGAUUGUUAUUCCGAUUUUGCUCAUUGCCCAUAGUGUGAGAGCUUGUGGGAGGGUUUUCGCGGAGGCCAAGAGGGUGAGCACGGUCGGGAUAAAUGGGGAUGCGAAGAAAACGUCUUGA